GAGCUCCGCCUGGUGCAUGUUUUCCGAGGCUGCUAAUUCCCUGCAUUACAGAGCAGAACAGCAGACGAGGAAAGGGGAACCCAAUUCCCCUGCGUUCCGUAUUCCCUGCUUCCUCCUUCCAAAGACAGCAAAGCAGAACAGGGAGCAGAAGCAGCAGCCGCAGCACCUUCUCUCUCAACAGCAAAUCGAGAGAGAGAGAGAGAGAGAGAGAGAGAGAGAGAGAGAGAGAGAGAGAGAGAGAGAGAGAGAGAGAGAGAGAGAGAGAGAGAGAGAGAGGUGUGUGUGUGAGAGAGAGCAGGAGGAGAUUCACCUAACCUUCUUCUUCUUCUUCUCCUCCUCUCUUCUAGGCAAGGUCUCUUGAAACCCCCCUUCCUCUCUCUCUCUCUCUCUCUCUCGCGUAAAGGCAUUCCUUUUUGUUUCCACCGCCUCCCCUCCUCGGGUUAUUCGCAUCCCUAAUUGAUUCCUUUGUUGUUCGCCUUUUGUGAAAAUCCGAUUCUUUUACGUUGCCCACCAACCAAAAAUCCAAUCUCUACCCCUGACCACGUCUCAUUUUUAUUAUCCCAAUUAGUUAAGACUCGAAUUCAAUCUUUUGUUUGAAUUUCAUCGAGACAUUGAUAGUUGGUUCUGGGUUUUCGCUGGAACCUGCCGAGGUAUCUUCUUACGGAGAUUUUGGUGGAUAGGUAGGAGAAAUAGUAGUUCUUCUGAGUUUCUGGGUCUGUAGGAAGUGUUUGCUGUUUCGUCUUGAGGAUUUGGAAUCAAUGGGCAGAAAGGCAAUACAGCUGUUCGAUGACUGGAAAGAUGGGUUUCUAUCUAUCAGCGGUUUGGGCUCUCAGUUGAGCUUUGGAGACUCAGACCUCUACCCUGUGGGUGGAUUAUUUGCGAGUGUCGGUCAGAUGGGAAUGAAUUUCGGGGUCUCACCGAAUCCUCCAAAUCGAGACACUGGAGGCGGCGGUGGUGGAGGAGGGGGUAUAAAGCUGCCUCACUCUGAUUUAUUAGUAAAAUAUGUUUCCUCUGAUGAAGGGGUUCGUAUAGUUGGAGUUGCUGAAGAGGAAGGAAUUUCGCAGAAGAAGAAGAAAAAUGGGCUUAAGUUGAAAAUUAAAAUUAGGAACCCCUCGUUGAGGAGGUUGAUAAGUGGGGGUAUUGCUGGUGCAGUCUCAAGGACUGCAGUGGCCCCAUUGGAGACGAUAAGGACUCACUUGAUGGUUGGGAGCAGUGGGAAUUCAACCACUGAGGUGUUCCACAAUAUCAUGAAGACUGAUGGGUGGAAGGGAUUGUUUAGGGGUAAUUUGGUAAAUGUAAUUCGGGUUGCUCCCAGCAAGGCCAUUGAGCUGUUUGCUUAUGAUACAGUCAACAAGCAGCUAUCAUCCAAACCAGGUGAGCAGCAGAAGAUUUCAAUCCCGCCAUCGUUGAUCGCGGGGGCCUGUGCUGGUGUAAGCUCUACAAUUUGCACAUAUCCUCUUGAGUUGGUCAAAACUCGGCUUACCAUUCAGAGAGGUGUUUACAAUGGAUUGCUCGAUGCAUUUAUAAAGAUUGUGAGGGAGGAGGGGCCCUCAGAGCUCUAUAGGGGCCUUGCCCCAAGCCUCAUUGGGGUCAUUCCCUAUGCUGCCACCAACUACUUUGCCUAUGACACCCUAAGGAAGGCCUACCGCAAGGUCUUCAAGCAGGAGAAGAUCGGCAACAUCGAGACUCUCCUGAUUGGUUCUGCAGCCGGAGCCAUCUCGAGCUCUGCAACAUUCCCCUUGGAGGUCGCCCGCAAGCACAUGCAGGUAGGGGCACUCAGUGGGAGGCAAGUGUAUAAGAAUGUAAUCCAUGCUCUUGCAAGCAUUCUCGAGCAGGAAGGAGUCCAGGGACUGUACCGCGGGCUGGGCCCGAGCUGCAUGAAGCUCGUCCCGGCUGCAGGGAUAUCGUUCAUGUGCUAUGAAGCAUGCAAGAGAAUACUAGUGGACGACGACGAGGAGGCGUAGAAAAAGUAAAAGAAGGGGUGGUGGACAAAGGAUGAGUGCGAAGUUUUGUACCUGACUGGGAGAUUGCCUGUGGCAAGUCGGAUCAUGUGGAUGCCACAUGGACUCCUGCUAAGUCGAGUUAACUUCGAUCUGUCUGUCGCGGUGAGAGAUUUCUCAUGAGGUCGAACUUGAUUGGCAUUGUUUUACUUCUGUGUUAGUAAUACCUUUGGAAGGGGGAUUGAAGCCUUUUUUUAUAUAUAUAUAUUUUUUAUUUGAGGAGCUUCUUGUCUUGUCAGGUGACUUUUGUGCCUUUUUCGAGAUUUUGUGACUGGGAGUAUGAGUCGACACACACAUUUUGA